AAAUUCUGAUUAGUGGAAAUAAAUUAACUCCGAUUAGAUAAUAAUUUAUAACGAAAUUAUUUUCGGCUUUCAAAAAUCCUUAUCGUGUUCUUCGUUCUCUCUUGCCGUCUCCGAGAAAAUGGCGUCCGGUUCGAUUGGGAGGGCUGUUGGAACGAAGCCGGCGAGGUUAUCCGCGGCGGCGCGUCUGAUUCAGUCGCGGUGGAUGGCGUCGGAAACGGAGGCGCAAAAGGUUGAACCGAAGGCCGCGACCGGCGGAGGAGGAUCUAAGAUGAAGACUUUCCAGAUCUACCGAUGGAACCCGGAUAAUCCCUCGAAGCCUCAGCUUGAGGAUUAUCAGAUCGAUCUCAAGGAGUGUGGCCCGAUGGUUCUCGAUGCGCUGAUUAAGAUUAAGAACGAGAUCGAUCCAUCGAUCACUUUCCGUCGCUCGUGCCGGGAAGGGAUCUGCGGUUCGUGCGCGAUGAACAUCGACGGAUGCAACGGUCUCGCGUGCCUCACGAAGAUUGAAUCUGGAUCGUCGCCGACGACCAUCACGCCGUUGCCGCAUAUGUUCGUGAUUAAGGAUCUGGUUGUGGAUAUGACGAACUUCUACAACCAGUACAAGAGUAUCGAACCGUGGUUGAAGAGGAAGAGCCCGCCGGAGGUUCCUGGGAAGGAGAUUUUGCAGAGCAAGAAGGACAGGGCUAAGCUUGACGGGAUGUAUGAGUGUAUUCUGUGCGCUUGCUGCAGCACAUCCUGCCCUAGCUACUGGUGGAAUCCUGAGUCCUACCUCGGCCCCGCCGCUUUACUUCACGCCAAUAGAAAAAUUAUCAAAGUAAGGGGGAAAGGAGAGAAAAACCGAUUUACCGACCUGUUCUUCAAAGUUAUUCCGCUGCAAAAUGGAUUCAGAAAAAUUAUCAAAGUAAGGGGGAAAGGAGAGAAAAACCGAUUUACCGACCUGUUCUUCAAAGUUAUUCCGCUGCAAAAUGGAUUCAGGUGGAUAAGCGACAGCCGUGAUGAGUACACUAAGGAAAGACUGGAUGCUAUCAACGACGAGUUCAAGCUGUACCGUUGCCAUACUAUAUUGAACUGUGCCCGUGCCUGUCCAAAGGGAUUGAACCCAGGCAAGCAGAUCGCACACAUCAAGCAACUUCAACUGUCUUGAAUUCAUGUUGGGAACUCACCACCAUUCGCAAUGCUUCAAGCUAAUAAUCUGUAAGGAGUUGCAAUCUCAUCCAUUCUUGUAUUGCUGCUGUUGCGGUCAUUAGCGCCCAAACGUUUGCAUUUUCCUCCGCAUAGAGAUGUGUUCUGUUGGUGUACUUUGCUGAAAAUUUCUUGCAGCUAAGCAAUAAAACCUGGUAAUAUCCCCCCCUACAUAGUACUUACUCUUCUAUGCUUUGCUGAGUAUUGUCUUUAUAAAAACAUUUGCAUGCUUGCAACCGACCAAGGCCAAGGUCAAGGCAAAAGGGGAAUUGAAGCUAAGAUCAUGGGGAUGAUGGUUGGUAAUAACGAUGAUGGGAUGAGAAUUUGUGACGUGGGUAUCGAGAUUUGGUCAUGUGGGUAUUGAAACUGGAGAAGAAGGAUGGCGUUUGGGUGAAGAUAUGAAGAUUAUUGAUAUGUAAUCCGUGAAACAUUAAAGAAAAGUGGCUCCUACUUCUUCACUGAACAUGAAAUUACAAAGCCCCCGGAAGGUUGAGAGAGAGAGAGGAAGCCUAAAACUUUCAGACAAUUUUUAUUUAACUGAUACUCGACAAGGUUACA